UCACUGAGCAUCCGGGUAUUUGCAACAUGGAUGCCUCCAUGUGAAACAUGCCGAGCGAUUGUCAAAUCUGUACAUAAAGUAAAAUAAAGAGUGUUCCAGACGAUGCCCACCGACACACGGAGAUUGACCGGUCCGGAAGGCACGAUCAGUCCUUACUCUCUUGCCAAGAAUGAUCCACACGUACCGGUAACGGAUGGAACUGAGCGAGCUGAUGGAAGGAAACCUGACAAAGUGAGGCCUCUGUUUUUACGAGCAGGACUGAUCACCCAGGCUCGAGGAUCAGCUUACAUUGAACAGAAUGAAACAAAAGUGAUUUGUUCUGUCUAUGGUCCACGAGAAGUGGUACGCAAAGAAGACUUCAGCAUGAAAGGUCAGCUGACUUGUGAAUUCAAGUUUGCUACAUUCUCAUGUCAUCUGAGACGAAAACAUCAGCAGGAUAGUGAAGAAAAGGACUUCUCGGUGCAGCUACUUGAAGCACUGGAGCCGGCUGUCUGCUUGCACAAGUUCCCCAAGUCCCAGGUGAAUGUGUAUGUGAUGGUGCUACAGAAUGCUGGCAGUGCUCUGGCAGCAUCCAUCACAUGUGCUGCUCUGGCUCUCGCUGAUGCUGGCAUAGAGAUGUACGACCUUGUCACUGGGUGUUCUGCUCGUGUGCGAGGAGACACCAUCCUGCUGGAUCCCACAGAGUCGGAGGAGUACAAGCCAGAGCUGACUGCUGAGAAGAACAAUGGCUCUGUUACUGUAGGCCUUAUGCCAUCACUGAACCAAGUGUCGGCCAUCACUUCCAAGGGGGAGAUCGACUUCCAGCUGGCUACCAAGGCUAUCAAAGACUGUGUGGAGACAUGUCAGCGACUGUACCCAGUGUUACAGCAGGCCCUGGAGACUGCACUCAAACAGAGGCUGAAGGAUGCAGACACAGGAUGAUGCUCUUAAACCAGUCAAUAUUACCUUGUACAUUAUGUAUAAAUAGCAGUGAUAACAGCA